AUGUAUAGAUUUAGCAACACAGUUAUAGGGUUUCUGAACCUUUUCACCCUCUUAGCCUCGAUACCGAUAAUUGGUGCAGGAUUAUGGAUGGCAAGGAGCAGCACCACCUGUGAAAGUUUCCUUCAAACACCACUUUUAGUUGUCGGCUUCAUAAUUCUUAUAAUAUCACUUACUGGGUUCAUUGGGGCUUGUUUUCAUGUUGCCUGGGCAAUUUGGGUGUACUUGUUGGUCAUGAUAUUUCUUAUAGGGGCUUUAAUAGCUUUAACUAUUUUUGGAUUCGCCGUUACGAGCCAAAGUGGAGGACUGGAAGUGCCUGGUAGGAUGUACAAGGAGUAUCAUCUUGAUAAUUAUUCUCCAUGGUUGAGGAAAAGGAUUAAGGACCCUCAUUAUUGGAUGACUACAUGUCUCCUAUUCAGUCCGGUUGCUGCAAACCGCCGAGUUCUUGCAAUUACAUGGGCACGACGCUGGCGCAGAACCCUGAUUGCUAUUUGUGGAGAAAUGACCCAACCGGGCUGUGCUACGAGUGCGACUCGUGCAAGGCCGGAGUGCUGGAAGAGGGCUGAAACGGAUCACCCCUAUGACAGAAAUCGGAUGUCCAAAAUCCAUCCCAGAUGGGAUUUUCACUGGUGGAGAAGGUGGCAUGACUGGAGACACCAGAUUUAUUAG